UUAUGAUCAUAAAUACUUUAUAAGAAGUAAUUGUUGCUGGGCGCUUGCAAUUGCAGCUUGACUGUUUUCUCGAAAUUCAACACAACAAGUCUACGUCUACUUAUACCUUAUUUGCUUACGGCGUAUUAAAUUGAAUUCAUUGGAACAGUGUGGAAGAAUUUGAAUAAAGGUGACAAUUUUUGUUACUUUUUGGGCGAUUACCUGGAACGAAUUCAAAAAAACGGUCUGAACAAAAACGGUCAAUUAGUUUAUAAUUACUGGCCAUAUAACACCACAAAAUUUCUCGAAAUGGGAACUGAAUAUUGUAAAGAGAUUUCCGCGUUUCCGCAUAAAUAUGAGAGAGCUGGUAUAGGAUCAAAAUGUCAAUCACCGAUUUUAAACGCGAAAAAUUGUUGGUCAGAAAAAAUUGAACCAAAAAAAGAUCAGCGAGUGUCAGAGGAAUCGUCGAGUUCACACAAGGUCAAAUUAAAGAAGCAUCCACUAAUUGCGGAGUUGGAGAGUUGUCUGACAAAUAUUAAAUUAAUAAUAGAUCGGCGAGAUCAUAUGGAAAAGAAAUAUCGAAAACAGGAGAAAGAGUAUCUGGAAGAAUUUAAAUUAUUAAAGAAAGAUGAGAAAAAGAAGGAGUUGAAGAAAUACGUACAGGGAUUGAAGUCAAAGGAAGAUCUAGAUGAGAUAAUAUCAAUAAAGUCUGUACUGGUGCAGACAAUAGAGGAAGAUGAUGAAGAAAAUGUGAAGGAUUAUUUAUUUGAACUGAUAUCUGAUGACUAUUCUGAAACUAUCGAGAGCCAACUGCAUUCGAAUCGCAGAAAAGCUGAGAAUGCACUAAACCUAAUUUACCGAAUCGGGUCAGAAAAAGUAAACUUCACAGAAGAAGAUAAGAGAAUCAUCGGAAAUUUAUUAGCUGACACCAUAGAAUAUUUGUUAAUCGAUAUCCAGUCCACAAAUGUCAUCUUUCGAACUAGACUGAACAGUGAAUCUGUUUUCCAAAAAAAAUCAGCUGUUCAGUUCCUGCUUGAUAAUUACUCAGAGUUUCCAGUUGGGAAUUCAACUUUGGAAGAUAAGUUCCGGGAAGUAAAUUUUGAAGGAAGCGUUGAGAUACUCAACGAUAUUAUUGACAACUGGAAUGAUGUGACUGAUUCUGACGAGGGCUCAAGUGACGACGAAAGCGGUCUAAGCUGGUGCUAACGAAGUAUCAGAAUUCCAUACCUGGUGGUUGAAGUAAAUUCAUUUUAGUGCCGUUUAAUUUUGUUUGGAGGGUUUGAAGAUAAUUGGUGAGAAAGAAGAAACGAGACUGAUAAUAAUAAAUAAUGGAUAAUUUAAGGGAGGUACUUGAAGAGAUCUGUCGUUCUAUCUCCGAUGACGAAAUAUCAUUGAAGCGCAAAAGAGUUAUCAUUUUCAAAAUUUCUAAAAAUCUUUCUCAAAGACAAAUAGAUUCUUGGGAAAAAAUAUACCAACUAUUACAAAGUAAUAAUAUGUCAGAGGACGUUUUAACGUUAGUAAUUAAAAUGUUUUCAUAUUUCUCUAAUAAAAGUAUAUUGUUUGAGAGUUUCCUCAGUCUAAUAGAUUUCGUUAAAUAUUACGUAAAUUCUAACGUUAGAAAAACAAAAUCAAUCAUUGAGAUAAAGGUCCGCUCAUUUUUAUCAAAAUCAAGAGAUAAGACUAAUAUAAAGCGCAGAGAUGUUAAAGCUGUAUCUCGUACUAAAAUUAUGAAAACAAAAGAUAUUGACAAAACCUUAGUCGCCGAAUUUAAUAAAAUUAAAUGUGAAAUCAAGGAAUUGCCGGAGAAUUUAAAAUUAUCUCCAGACUUUCGAAAUACAUUUGCGGCAACUUCUCAUUACUAUAAACAUCGAUUUUACACUGAUCCUGGUAAUAAUCAAUAUCUGAGGGUCAGAGAAUAUUACGAGCAUAUAAUAGAAAGUUUGAAUAAACUAAAAGAAAAUGAAGUAUAUCAAGAGCUGUUGAGGAAACAAGAAGACACAAAUGUUAAUGUUACAGCAAUCACUCAGAUAUAUGUAAAUUCAUACGAAAAAUGGUGCAAGACUGUAGUUGCAUUUCAAUUUAAGACACGGAUAUUGCAGACGUGUUAUUUUAGGCGUUCUAACCGGGAUCAGGAUAAAAAUAUUAAAAUCGAAUUUUUCUAUCUUGAUGAUUUUUCUUUAAACUUAAGGAAUAAAAAUAAUAUUUA